AUGUGUCCCUCUUUCUAAAAUCUGUGGAAUAGACUUUUAAAGUGCUAAGGUCUUAUAUUGGAAAGUUAUUCCAGUUUCUAGUUAUAACACUCUACUGAAAUAAUGAACCUGUACUGUAGGCAUUCUUAUAGAGAACAAUUAUUUUUAAAAUUUUUAUGUUAAUACUUUUAUUGACAGAUUAUAAAACUUGAUGUAAUGCAAUGUUUUCAAUCAUUUUUUCGUUAGGAUGCAUACUUGCCAAUAGCUUAAGUGAGAUCAGUUAUUGGAACAUUCUGUUAAUUGAAGCAGGUGGAGAUGAAAAUGCCCUUACUGACUCUCCUUUUCUUACCUUUUACACCCACACAAAAGAGUUUGAUUGGGGCUACAACACAACAAUCAACAACAGCCAAGGGCUUGCAGAGCUAGGUCAUUGUAACUACCCAAGAGGAAGAGUCCUAGGAGGAUCUAGUACAGUCAAUGGACUGCUGUAUGUUCGUGGUAAUCCAUACGACUUCGAUAAUUGGGAAGCGAUGGGCAAUCAUGGCUGGUCUUUUAAGGAUGUUCUCCCUUAUUUUAUCAAACAGGAGAAUAUGUCAACGACCGAUCUCCCGAGGAAUGUUCACGGCUUUAAUGGCCCUCAAAGUGUACAAUUUCAAAGACAUGUAUCUAAAAUAGCAGACUAUUACUACAAGGCUGGAGAAGAAUUCGGUUUCAAAUUCAUUGACUACAAUGGACUCCACCAGAUAGGAAUUGGCCCUGCUCAGUUACAUCCCAUGUGA